CCGUCUGCCGCGGGGGCUGGCGCUGGCGGAGUUGAUUCCACCAUGGAACCGGUAACCAGGUGGAGCCCAAAGCAAGUGGUGGAGUGGACUAAAGGCCUGGAUGAUAGCCUGCAGCAGUAUGUCCAUAAAUUUGAACGGGAGAAGAUAAAUGGUGAACAGCUGUUACAGAUUUCUCACCAGGACCUUGAAGACUUGGGUAUCUCACGAAUUGGGCACCAGGAACUGGUUCUGGAGGCUGUGGAUCUUUUGUGUGCACUGAACUAUGGCCUUGAAACUGACAACAUGAAGAACCUGGUUCUCAAGCUGCGAGCAUCAUCCAACAAUCUGCAAAAUUACAUCAGUAGCCGUAGGAAAAGUUCAAAUUACGAUGGAAAUACCUCUCACAAGCCCCCCAAUGAAUUCCUUACUUCUGUGGUAGAGCUUAUUGGUGCUGCUAAAGCCCUGCUUGCGUGGUUGGACAGGGCUCCAUUUACAGGUAUUGCUGACUUUUCUUCAAUGAAGAACAGAAUCAUUCAGCUCUGCUUGGAUCUCACUACUACUGUUCAGAAGGACUGCACUGUAGCUGAGAUGGAAGAUAAAGUUCAGACUGUAGCCAAGACUUUAAAUGGCAUUUGCGAUAAAGCCAUCCGAUCAGCUACAGAUCCAUUGAUGAGCCAGUGUGCGUGUCUGGAGGAGGUUCAUUUAACCAACAUUAAACCUGGGGAAGGCCUGGGAAUGUACAUCAAAUCAACUUAUGAUGGAUUACAUGUAAUCACUGGAACUACAGAAAAUUCCCCUGCUGAUCGAUCUCAGAAGAUUCACGCUGGUGAUGAAGUGAUCCAGGUUAAUCGGCAAACUGUGGUUGGAUGGCAACUAAAAAACCUGGUGGCAAAGCUGCGAGAGAAUCCUGCUGGAGUUAGGCUGCUGCUGAAGAAACGUCCCACUGGCUCUUUCCAUUUCACUCCUGCUCCACUGAAGAAUCUGCGCUGGAAACCACCGUUGGUGCAGACCAAUCCUCUGCCAACUUCAGCCCAGUUACCAGAGAGCACCAUGGAUACCUCCCUGAAAAAAGAGAAGCCAGCCAUUCUGGAUCUGUACAUACCACCUCCACCAGCUGUUCCGUAUUCUCCUCGAGAUGAAAAAGGGAGUUUUGUAUACGGAGGAGGCAAAUCGAGCCAGCCACUGCCUGGGUCCAAGGGCGCCGAGUCUCCCAAUUCUUUUCUGGAUCAGGAGAGUCGAAGGCGAAGGUUUACUAUUGCUGACUCGGAUCAGUUACCUGGGUAUCCCAUAGAAGCAAAUAUCCUACCAGCCAAGAUGAGGGAAAAAACACAGUCUUAUGGAAAACCUCGUCCUUUGUCAAUGCCUGCUGAUGGGAGCUGGAUUGGAGUUGCAGAACCUUUCUCUAGGCCACGAGCAUCAGGGAGAAAAGGUGAUGAUGUCCUCUGCAGGUACUUCAGUAAUGAAAGGAUACCACCAAUCAUUGAAGAAAGCCCCUCCACACAGCACCCUUUGUCAAGGCCAAUGUCUGACAAGCAGUUAGUGAGAGGAACGGAUUACAUUCGAGGCAGCGGGUGUUUUAUGAAUACAGACAUUCACAACAGUGCAACAAUUCCUUUUCAAGAGGAAGGUGCUAAAAAAUCCUCUGUUACGUCGUCCACAAAAUCUUCCUCUGCAGAGCCCUCGCUGUUGGUCAGUUGGAUCACAAGACUGAAAUUGUUGACUCAUUGACUAUUGCUCACAGGACUGUUACCAAGUGCCUUUGCUCAUCAGUCAGACUUUUCUACUUUUCAGCUUAACUGAUGCAUAGUGACUAAUGGGGUGUUCCUUUCCUGGAGAAUUUGACAUUUUUGCCUUUUGUUUGUGAUUUUUGAUGGAUCAGAGGGUUUCAUAGUGCAAAGAGGAAAGAAACAUAAAGGUCGAGUUCCUUUUGCUGACCAAAAGCUGAGGGCAUUUAUUCCCCUGGAAAUGAGUAAAAUUCCAGUGAUGUAGAGGGCAGACAUGACCUGAGAUAUGCAUAAUGACUCAGAGGAAAUCAUUGCUUUACUGUAAAGUGCAAUGCCUGUUCAGUUGUCUGAAUGAUCAGAGGCUGGCGUGACAAGCUGGAUGUCAGAGUACGUAGAGCUCAGGAAAAGUUGUUCCUUUCCUGACCAGUAAAGAUAGGCAGGGAAACGGCAGUUUCAUGCAAUUUAGUGCUACUGUUGCAAGUACUGCGUAAGAUCAAUGGUGUCAGGUAGAAGUAGUAGUGUUGUU